GAUUUUAAGUUUCUUCUGUUCUGUGACUAAUUUACCAAAAAUGUUAUUUAAAGCUGUAAUUAUAUUUAUUUUUAAUAUAUACUGUACAAAUGGUGCAGUGUUUCUUUGGAGCAAUCACGAAUUGAACAUAUCACCAUUAGAAGAGUUCUCUACAAACAAUUUCGUAGAAAUUAUAGAAAGAUUUAAAAGUCCAGACGUAUUUGUUUUCAAAAGCCCUAGUGCUCUAUCAAAAACAAUAAAACCUCUUUUAAAAGGAUAUUACUCAAUUUAUAAUCCCAACGGAGUGAUAGAAGUAGAAAAUAUAAUUGAUCUCACUGGCCACUCUGAACAAGAUAUUAAAACAAUCCAGAGCACAAUAGCAGAUUCAAGAAAUUUUAUAUCUGUUGUUAUAAUCCCAAACCGGCAAGUAAAACGCUCAAAACGUCAAGCACAAACUGAAACCGAAGGAUAUGAACUGGAACAGUCUGAGAAAGAUGCUCCUCCAAUUGGACCAGUUAUUUAUAGGGCACAAAAAAGCACUAAAGACGACUUAAAAGUAUUUGCUUUAUUAUAUUCCUCAAAGGCCUUGUUACUUAGAAAAAAUGAGUCUGAAGGUGAUAUAUAUUUGGGAAACACGGCCGAAGAUAUGAUAACAUACAAUACUCAUCCCAAUCCCCGUCUAAAUAUUAUUGUACCCGUAGAGGGCAAAGGAAAAUUUACCUUAAGAUUCAAUUUUAAUUGGAAAAAUGGUUACUGGUAUAUGUAUUCAGUCAAAAUAGAAGAGACACAAAGUCCUGACUAUACCCUAUAUACUUUAGAAGACAUAUACGCAGCAGAAUCAUUUUCAUAUCAUUGCAAUGGUCUAACAUUGUUCCAAGCUAAUGGAACGGAAUUGUACAUAUAUGAUUUGCAAGUCCAAAUUGAUUCAAGGAAUGGGAAAUUUGGUGAUGCAAAUGACUGCGUGCCAUUUAUUACAGUACCUAUAUGGUCAGGAAUAUUUAUCACUUUUAUAUUAGGAAUUGGUAUGGUCAUAGCUCUGUUUGCUAUUAUGGAUAUUAAAACUAUGGAUAAGUUUGAUAAUUAUAAGACCAAAAAUUUGGCGAUUACUGUAUCUGAUUAAAGAUUUUCUUGUUAUUUUUCGGUGUAUCCAGCUUGAAUCUCCUCUCUAUCUUUGCCCUGUCAAAGCAUAUCAUGUGAAACUUGUACCUAUCGUGAUUCUUUUGUCUGUGAUUUUAUUUAGAUGUACUUAA